GAAAUGUGUGGACGCCAUCAUCCUGCAGGUGUGUCGAAGUUAAUUCCACCUUUACUUCACGAAAAAUCACCCGUGCAACCUGAAGUGACCUAAGAAGGUGCCAUGGAGACUGUAACCCUGCCAAUGUGGUCAGUGCGAAGACGAGAGGAGGAGUAAAUGGAGUCUGGGCGACGGGGCAAACAUACCAGUUUAGGAGGAAGUUGUUGGGGGACAACAAGCACGCAAGUCUUUGGUCUGCAAAGGAAGUAAGAAGACGGUACAGGUCAGUCUGAUUGAGGUUUAGGUUUUACUGAAAAUGGAUCUUCUGUGCUGGGGCAAUGGGGAUCUUGGUCAGACUGGACAUGGCGGAACUGGUGACAUCACACCAGAGGACUCCCAUCUCGGGGAGUUCACAGAAGGCGGGCUGGGAAGAGUGAAGCUGAUGGCAUGUGGGUCUGCUCACUCCGUUGUGGUCACAGCGGAUAACAAGAUCUUUGUGUGGGGAAAUGGCACCAGUGGACAGUUGGGUAAUGGAGAGAGGACAGUCAAGUAUCAGCCAGUGGAAAUCACAUUACCACUGGAAGAGAAUCGUAAAGGAUCAGACGACAACGUUCAGGCGAUCAAAAUAGCUGGCGUUGCCUGUGGAAGCAGACACUCCUUCAUAUGGACUAAAACUGGUCUGGCCUACAGUUUUGGAAACAACUAUUACGCUCAGCUGGGCUAUGACUUCCAGAGGGCUGAUUACAAGGAGCACCAGCUGGCACCACGUUUGUUCCGGAGUCUUCCAUCAUCUUUGAAAAUAUCUCAAGUGGCCUGUGGAGAGCGACACACACUGUUUGCACUGCAGGAUGGGAGAGUGGCGGCUUGUGGGCACAAUGAUUGUGGACAAAUAGGCAGCGGUUCGGAUGAGAAUGUGAUCGUCCCUCACUUUGUGCAGGGUUUGGACCAUGUGUCUAAGGUCACUUGUGGGGCCAACCACAGUCUUGCAUUGACAGGUGACGGGAGGUUGUUUCAGUGGGGCUGUGGACGGGCUUGCGGAAACACAAAAAAAAACAUCCUCUACCCGCAACACGUGAUGCUACAGAGUUCACCAGUGAAGGAGAUAGCUGCUGGAUGCUGGCAUAGCCUGCUUCUAACAGAUGGUGGGAAUGUCUUCUCCUGGGGGAUGGGCCAAGAGGGACAACUCGGACUUGGAGAGAAAUGCCUUCAGAUGUCAAAUCCUUGCCUGCUCAGCUAUUCCCACCUAGUUCAGGUCACCAGAAUACAAGCAGGAGAUAGUUACAGUGCAGCUGUCACAGCAGGUGGAGAGCUUCUUCUUUGGGGUCAGGUCCCUCGUGUGUCCCAGCUCAGUGAGCAUCCCAGUCACAGAAGGAUUUGGAUCCCGCAGCUUGUCCCACUGUUUAACACAAAGGUGUCGGAUGUGGCCUCUGGUACUUGGCACGUCAUGGCGCUUGCUACAACCAAGAGUGCCCAGGAAGAGCCAUGUGUUUCCAAAGUGGACUGGAUGGGAAAUCGAAGAAGGGCUUCUGUGUUUAUCAAGCCCCAGCUCCGUCACCUUGCUCCUACUUCUGUCUGGAGCCUCCAACAAAUUGGGAGCAGCAAGAAGGAAAGAGAUUGUGCUCAAUCGGAAAAUGAUGCUCCGUUCAGAGACCAUGUCAGGAGUACCCCACUGACAGAGCACACAACGACAGAAAACACAAUCAAGGGCUUCAGACAGGUUGGCCUUGAAGAAAGAAAGAAAGAAGACGAAGAAGAGAGCGAUGAAAGAGAGAGGGCAAAUUCAGAAGAAGCACUCAAAGAACGAGCAAAGGUCCAUGUUUCAGCAUUCAACAGGGCCAGUUCUGUGACAAGAACAGGAAGCAGGCUCUCAACAAUCAAAUCUGGUUUGUGGGAGGCAAAUGGCGGAACAGUCUGUCUGUCUGACGAAGGACGAUGGAAAGAGGGGUACAAAAAGAGAGGAAGCAAAGAGAUAGUCUUCACUACAUUGCAUCUUUUACCCACAUCUGUGGAAGACCCCGACCCGCUCUGCCCCAGCAUACUGCCAAGGCUGCAGCCAAGACAGCAGCAGGCUUAUACUGACACUGGGAAGGAAAGGGAGAAAUGUCUGUCAACAAUCCAAAAAUCUGGAAGUGAUAACCGCAUUUUGUCCCAAGUUGUCACGGGUCUCAUGCUCAGACCCCAACCGAGACCUCCUGGGAGACGUGCGGGUUUUGAGGAUGGGAAUGUGGCCUCUUGCCACGGUUCAAGCGUGAGAUUACACUGUGGCCACAAGUCUCCAGUUUAUAGCUCCCCCCUGCUUCUUCGCCCUGAAGAGCAAGUUCUUGUCCAUCCGGUGCCACCUGUUGAGGACUCUUUUUCUCAAACCUCCUCAAGGCUAUGCAGAUAAGGACUUUACUUUAUCAUGGUACUUCUCACAAGCGGUGAGUGCCCAUGAUUCAUGCCCGAUUCACUUCCUGUUUUUAAGUUAUCUAAGGGCACUUUUUGCAUAGAGUUGACCUCGUUCUUUGCAAAAACUCAACAAUUCCCCCUUGGGCAAGCAUUAAACCACAAUGACGAGUACAAACCUUCUUCUAACAGGAAAAAACCUUGAACAGAACCAGAUUCAGGCUCGGCAACCAUCCAACAGUGAAUCUGGAAAAAUUAUCUCAUUUCAACUUUGAAGUUUUGCCGCAUGUCAAGUUUUGUGUUCUAUUUAAAAUCAGGAUAUAUAAUAUAAUAUUUGAUCCUACAAUGGCCUCCUAAACGACACCACCAAAAGAUCAACUGUUCCCUCAUAUUAGUAACCACUCUCAAACAGUGUAAGCUAAUUGUGCUCAUAAAUGAGAAAAGUGAAAAUGAGCACAUUAACACCCUAAAACCGAUUGUAGAUCAGGUCUACGCCGAUGUGGCAAAUGGUAUAGACUGCCCUUAGCAUUCUCCGAGUCAUCAACAACUGUGAACUUUGACCUCAUCUGGAAGCAGACUUGCAAUUCAAACCGUGAUUGUGGGAGCCACUGAGUGUUGGACUCACCACUUUUAAAAUGACUAAUUUCCCCCUCCAUCCAAGAUGAACUGCGCUGACGUGAAUGUAAAGCUUAUAGUAGGUUGUUUAUUAAAAACAUAACCGAGCCCUAAGCCCAGACCCCCACAGUUCAUGGCCCGUUGUGAGACACUUCACGGUGGAGUGCUUUCAAGGCUGCACAUCUCCAUGGCAGAACCACUUGUUCAUGCUAUUGCGGCUCUUCCCAUUGUCAGGUAAUUGACUUGUUUCAAGAAGAAGAUUGUAUAUGAUGAGGAUGUUCUACAUAAAACAGGAUCAUUACAAAAAAAUCCUUGGAAAGCAUCGAUGUCUAAAGUGAACACUGACUCGGUGGAUAUAUGUCAUGGUUACAAUGUCUUGUGAUGUCAACUUUUGGCCUCUUAAUUUAUUUGGUUUGAUUUCUGUUUUUUGGUCAAUAUAGGUACAAUCCAGGGGAAAGGUCCUCAUAAAUGUUUGCAUGGAAACUUCUUACUGGGUUUGAGUGUAAUACAUCUUAAUAAAACAUAUUCCUCAAAAGCAAAUUGCUGCUGAAACUAUGAGAUCAGAACUACAAAGGCUAAUUUUGAGGUUAACUGUUUUCUUGCUUGGUAGAAUGAACUCCGUAAGUCUCUGAGAAGAGCCACAUUACUCUUUUGCAGACAGACAAACCUUUUCUUGCUCUGCUUUGUGACUGUAAUGCAAACAGGUAUUUGACCUUAUUUGUAAAUUUGUCCUCUUCAUUUAACCAUUCCUGGGGAACCUUUUAAAAUCAUCAUCCAACUUGAAAUCACUUUAGGUUCAGGUAAUACAUUUCGAUGUAAUACUCUAUUGUUGUUCCAAAUAAAUAGACAUAUUGCUAGAGGUUUUUGGAGUUUUUUUUUAAGAAAAAGAUAUUGUUGGAGUAUUGAAUUGCUACUGUGGAGCGUUACGCAAGAUAAUUGAGACUUAGAUGUGCCUUGAGUGAGUUGUAAAGAGUACAUAACACAGAGGCAUUUGCCCUCAC